AGUCGUCGUCGAUCGUACCCAAAGGCCUCAGAAAUUUUCAAGCGUCUCUCUCCAUUUUGUGAUUUAGUGAUUUAGUCUUGUCUCUUCCGGCAGAAACCACAAGAACUGUUCCUCGUUUACUACGAUCCCUAGCCUGACCAGAAAUUUCAAGUGUUCCUUCAUCACAUGGCCUCCUUUGAUGGGCCAAAGUUCAAGAUGACUGAUGGCUCUUAUGUUCAGACCAAGACCAUUGAUGUUGGAUCAUCAACAGAUAUCUCUCCAUACCUUUCACUUAUAAGAGAAGAUUCUAUCUUGAAUGGAAACCGAGCUGUGAUCUUCGAUGUGUAUUGGGAUGUCGGAUUUCCCGAGACUGAAACCAAAACCAAAACGUCAGGGUGGAGUCUGUCAUCGGUGAAGCUGAGCACGAGAAACCUAUGUCUCUUCCUUCGACUUCCUAAACCUUUUCAUGACAAUCUCAAGGAUCUGUACCGUUUCUUUGCUUCCAAGUUUGUUACUUUUGUUGGAGUGCAGAUCGAGGAAGACCUGAACUUGCUUUGUGAAAACCACGGUCUUGUGAUAAGAAACGCGAUUAACAUUGGGAAAUUGGCUGUGAAAGCUCGUGGAACUCUGGUGCUUGAGUUUCUUGGGACAAGAGAAUUAGCACACAGAGUUUUGUGGUCUGAUUUGGGUCAGCUGGAUUCGAUUGAGGCCAAAGGGGAGAAGGCAGGGUCUGAAGAACAACUUGAGGCUGCAGCCAUUGAAGGGUGGCUCAUCUUCAAUGUUUGGGAUCAAUUAUCCGAGCCCGAGGAGUGAUUUACUACUUAUCUUUGUGAUUGCUUCUUUUUUUUGGUUCUUUCGUUGAAAUGACUUGUGAUAUUGUGACUGAAUCUAAGUGACCCUUUGUAUGUUGUUUGAUGUGAUCAUCAACAAUCACUAAACAAAAAGUGAACAGUUUCGGAUUCUAACAUUCGACAUUGUGUAUGAAACAAACUAUGUUGGUUCUGCUUUUUUCUGCUAAAUCGAGAUUUUGUGUUGGGUUGA